AUGGGGAGGCCGCCAUGCUGUGACAAUGGUGGCGCCAGCGUGAAGAAGGGGCCAUGGACGCCGGAGGAGGAUAUCAUCCUUGUCUCCUACAUCCAGCAGCACGGGCCCGGGAACUGGCGCUCCGUGCCCGAGAACACCGGGUUGAUGAGGUGCAGCAAGAGCUGCAGGCUGCGGUGGACCAACUACCUCAGACCCGGGAUCAAGAGAGGGAACUUCACCCAGCAUGAGGAAGGGAUAAUCAUACACCUGCAGGCAUUGCUUGGCAACAAGUGGGCAGCAAUAGCCUCCUACCUCCCCCAAAGAACAGAUAACGACAUCAAGAACUACUGGAACACACACCUCAAGAAGAAAGUGAAGAGGCUGCAACAACAAACACAUCCUGCAGAUCACUUCUUCCAGCACACAUCCACUGCCACCAAUGCAGCUGAGCAAACCACCAGCAUGAAUUACUACAACCCUAGCAGCAGUAACCUCGACUCCGCCAUGCAAGCCGCCAUGGGUUACCCCGAGACCACCACGGGCAACGUUGCACCUGCCACCAUGGCCGUCUCGAAGCUCUUCCAGUCUUGGAUGCCGAAGGUCCCAUCGCCGGAGAUGGCGGACUACAAGGGUAUGGUGGCCAUGCAGGAGUUCCGGACCGAUGGAGAGGCCGGUGCCGCAGUUUCCAUGACCAGUGGCGACAGGUUCUCGUCCUCAGAGAUAUUGGCCAGCCGUGGCAAGGCUGCCACGGCCAUGACCUUCUCGGUGCUCGAGAACUGGUUGCUCGACGACAUGACACCGGGGCAGGCUGCCAUGGACGGGCUCAUGGACAUCUCUUCUGGUUGCUGUGCAAACCCCAUCAUGUUUUGA